AGAGAGAGAGAGAGAGAGAGAGAGAGAGAGAGAGAAUCGUACAGCCAGAGAGGAGAAGGAAAAAACAAAUAAACGAGAAGAGGAGCUACAUUCCACCACCAUGGCCCUGCGGGACGAACUUUUAAAGUCUAUAUGGCACGCGUUUACAGCUCUGGAUGUGGACAAAAGUGGGAAAGUCUCCAAAUCUCAGCUGAAGGUGCUGUCCCACAACUUAUGUACAGUCAUGAAGAUCCCACAUGAUCCGGUGGCACUCGAAGAGCACUUUAAAGAUGAUGAUGAAGGUCCUGUCUCCAACCAGGGAUACAUGCCGUACCUGAACAAGUUCAUCCUGGACAAGGUGACGGAUAACUUUGACCGUCAAGACUUCAACAAAAUGUGCUGGACGUUGUGCUUCAGGAAGAAUUUAGGACAAGGUCAGCUGCUCAUAUCCAACGACGACGCCUUCAAGAUCUGGUGCAUCUUCAACUUCCUGUCUGAGGACCGAUACCCACUCAUCAUCGUCACCGAGGAGAUAGAGUACUUCCUGCGAAAGCUGACGGAGGCAAUAGGGGGCAGCUGGGUGGAGGAGCGUUUCGAGGACUACAAGCUGCAGCUGAACUCAAAGCAGCAGUGUCUCAGUGCCUGGGAGCUCAUCAGCCUGGUGGGCUCGGGCCACUUCAGCAAGGGCAUGGAUCAGCAGACGCUCUCCAUGGGCAUCAGCGAGGUGUACAAUGAGCUCAUCCUGGAUGUGCUCAAACAGGGCUACAUGAUGAAGAAAGGCCACAAGAGGAAGAACUGGACGGAACGCUGGUUUAUGCUCAAACCCAACUCCAUCUCCUACUACGUUGGCGAGGACCUGGUUGAAAAGAAAGGAGACAUCCUUUUGGAUGGGAGCUGCAGUGUGGAGGCACUACAAGAUAAAGAGGGAAAGAAGUGUCUCUUCCUCAUCAAGUCGUCCCAAAAAACCUUUGAAAUCAGCGCGUCGGACAAGAAGAAGAAGCAGGAGUGGAUCCAGGCCAUUCAGACCUGUGUGAAUCUGCUGCGCCAGGGCCGCCCGGCGCCGCACCGCGAGACCAGACAGAAGCGCCGGGAGGUUCGACUGAGGCAACAGGCCGAGCAGGAGGAGCUCGAGCUGAGGAUGAGCGAGCUACAGACCGCCAACGAGGUCAAACAGCUCGAACUGGAGAACAUGCGGAAGGCUCUGGAGGAGGCCGCGGCCAAAGCAGCCGAGGAAGAAAAGAGACGUCUUCAGACCCACAUUGAAUUCCAGGAGAGCUAUAGGGUGGAUCUGGAAAGAGAGAAAAUGGUACGACAGCAGGUGGAGGAGCAGAUGGCCCAGAAGUCCACUGAGCUGGAGCAGUACCUACAGAGGGUUCAUGAGCUGGAGGAGAUGUAUCACCAGCUGGAGGGGGCUUUGGAGGACGAGAGGCGCGCGAGACAGGACGAGGAAGCUGUCCGGAAACUGCAGGCACGGUUACUUGAAGAGGAGGCCACCAAGAGGACAGAGUUAGAACAACUCCACCUGCGACAGCAAAGAGCCAUCUCUGAGACGGAGGCUGAGAAACAGGAGCUGGAGAGGGAGCGUCUGGCCAAGGAGAGCGCCCUGGAGGCCGCGAUGAAACAGCUGGAGCUGCUGGAAGAAGAGAGGCAAGGGGCCUUGGAGCAGUAUCAGUCAGUGAUGAAGAAGCUGGAAGAUGCAACGAACAACACCAAGACCUGGAAGCACAAAGUGGCUCAUCAUCAGGGAUUAUUAGGACUCAUUCAACCAGGCUCCAAGGGGCAGCAGAGGAUCACAAACUGGGGCGUGGCCUCGUUUUCUGAUGCAGAGCUCAGUCUGAAGGAGAAACACUGGCAGGAGAUGAAGAACCAGACGACACAGGCUCAGUAGAGCUGGAGCAAGGCCUUGACCUUAAACGUGUCUCCGACUCAAGACAAGAGGUGUCAGCUGGGAUUUACUGUCUGCGGUGAAGCAGAAAUCUGGAGACCGGAUUUUUAGUGGAGUCCAAAUACAAGAUGAUGUACAAGAUAAUAAGGCAUUCUGUGUUAAAGGGGGCAUUAAGUAAUCAAUGAAAUGUUUCCCAUUUAGGAAUCAGUAGUGUAACUGGUGCACUUUCAAGUCUCUGCUAGCGUAGGCCACAGUGGAUUGAAGGAGCAGCGCAGAUACUCGAGUCACAUUUACAUGUCUAGUUCAUCAGUUUAAGGAAGUAAAUAGAAUAAAUGGAGAACUCCCAGCACCAGAAGAAAUGCUGGAACAAUAACAGCUUAGUUGUUGCAUUUUUACUGCCCUUCACUGACUGUGACUUGGUCUUAUACAACUGAGCAUCUAAAAUGAGUUGUAAAGGAAAUUCACUAGUUGAGUCAUUAAUAUUGAUCUUUAAUUCUAAGCACUGUCACAGUAUAGUGUAUAUAACCAUAAAAGAAAAGUAACUUUAAAUCCAGCAUCAGUCCUCUCAGAUGUUCAGUCCAUGCCAGCUCAGUUCAUGACGCAUCACAUGUAGCAUAAUCAUAACAGAAAGUGUAAAACAAGUAGGGGAACUGUGAAAGAUGACCACGACUGUUUUAGACCGUCCCUCUUGUACAGAUCCCAAAAUAACUGAUCAGUCUCCUCACGAGUUGUUCGGACUCUAAAGUUUAUUAACUGUCGUAUCUGAGAGACUUGACCACAGCAACAAUCCUAUCAUGCUAAUGAUUACAUUUGUUGAUUUUAAGGCGUCUUAUUUACAGAUGACUGUGGUUUAUUUCAGCCUUGCAUAAUGAUCAUGGAAGAACAGAGUAAAAUGGCUGUUCCAGGCAGCUAAAACUCAAAAACAAAUAUUUUAGAAUUUAUUUCUCUGAAUCCCUCAGGGUGAAAAGUUAGCAUGACCCACUGGGUCACGGUAAAUUAAAUACUUCAAAUACCAGGGGUUGAAAUCUGACACAAUUGUUAAGUCACUUUGUAUUAUUUUCUUCCAUGUCAUCUUUGUAUCUAGGGAAUCCACUACUAUGUUUUGUCUAUCAAAGAUUAGCCUAAGAAUAUUUUAGGCUCAGGCUUUAGAAAAUGUUACAAAUGGAAAACUACACCUUUCAAGUUGUAAAUCCUUUAAAGAAGCAGGAGCAACUAACACUGCAGAUUACUCAACUCUUUGGGCCCAUUUUAACAUGCAUAUACAGUAGGCUUUGUACAUAUGUUAACAAUGGUUUAUUGUUGUUACAGUUUUCCUUAACAAAGUAGUGCUUUGUCCUAAAAAAUAAAUAAAUAAAAUACCAUGUACAAGUCACUAAAUAUUUUAAUGAAGUGCUGUUCUGUUUGAUUUAGAUUUGUCGUACUUCCUCAAAGGGUGGGUCUCUGAUACUGGCCUGGUUGGAAGGAAUAAUAAAAAAAAACAAAUCUAUGGUGGGUGCCUGCUGUCUGUGGUAUAAUGUGUAUGCUUACAUUUCUAUCACUUUAACUGAAUGAACACAUCAGUAUAGUCGUGCUGUAUUUCCAACUCAUGUAAAGUAUUAAUGAUUUGUCUCAGCCACUGUGGUUUAAUGUGUUAUGUGUUUGCUUUGGUGUUCUUUAAUCUUGUCCGGCUCUCGUCAAAUAUAAUACCCCUGAUUUUUUUUUUUUUUUCUUUCACAAGGAAGUGUUGAGUUUGUAUUAAUGGUGGAAUGCAGCAACUUUAACAGAGCAAAUCAAAACAAGAUUUACAGACCUGUUACAGAGCUGUCUCUAAUUCAAGCCUGCUUCAAAUUCCAUUCGGAUUCAAGUUUAUUUGUCAUGUGCAGGAUUAACACAGAGUUAACAGUGCAAUGAAAUGUCGUGAACAAGAGUAGUGGUCAGCUCAGCCAUUAGAAGCAAGAGGUGAGAGCACAACAGUAGAAAAAGUACUAAAUUAAGGAUAUUUACACAAAUGCUCAUUACCUUUUGCUGUUGCAGUAAAUUGAGGUCACUAUUUGAGGAAAUAAUGCGUCUUUAAACAAUUGUCUCUUAAACAUUUCCUGCUUGUAAACACUGCUAGAAGUAAGGCAUUUGGCCAAAGUCUCACUUUGAACACAAAUGCUAAUUACACAAGAUUUGUACUAUCUUAUGUUGUAACAACCAGUGCCUUCUACUGUCAUGAGUGAAUUGCUGUUACCCAUUUUUUCCCCCAUUUGUUUGUUUUUUAUAUGUAUGUAAAAAGAUUGAGACUAAACUAUGUAAUAAAACACAUCUGGAGUA